AUGGACGUCCUGCGAUCGACAGAGGCUAAUGUCUUGCUACCACGUGCUUCAGCUCAACAGCAGGGCAGUCACCGUCAGCAAGGCUCCUCGAUCUCAUCACUACUCUGGACACUUGUGCCCGUGAUCUUAGGCGCUACCGUCAUCUUCCUCGCUUUUUUGGUUCUACGGAAGAAGUUGAUUCGUGUCUAUGCUCCUCGAACAUACCUCCAAGUGCUGAACAAGCAUGAGCAGACACCAAGGCAAUCUAGUGGAUGGUUCGGUUUUGCGGCAGAGUACAGGCGUCUUAAUGAUGACUAUGUUCUCGGCCACUCGUCCUUGGACAACUACUUGUUCCUCCGACUUUUCAAGAUCCUCGUAACAAUCAGCUUCGUUGGUUGUCUCAUUACCUGGCCGAUACUGUUUCCAGUCAAUGCUACUGGUGGAGGCGGUGAAAGUGGCCUCGACAUCCUCUCUUUCAGUAACGUCAACAAUGCAAAUCGCUAUUACGCGCACUGUUUCGCGGCCUGGAUCUUCUUGGCCUUUGUGAUGUUCAUGAUAAGCCGCGAGUCCCUGUUCUACGCAUAUCUGCGCCAGGCAUACCUCAUGUCACCGUACUCCACCAGCCUGAUGUCUUCGAAGACAGUUCUCUUCACGGAUGUACCAGAGGAGUACCGCGAUGAGCAUCGCCUUCGCCAAGGCUUUCAGGACGUUCGACACAUCUGGUUGGCCCAUGACCCUUCAAGUCUUGAAGACAUGGUCGAGGAUCGUGAUGACGCGGCGGACAAAUUGGAGACGGGUGAACUCAAACUUAUCAAGGGAUAUAUUAAGCAGCGCAGCAAGAAGGGUGACAACGCAGACUGGGUAGAAGAAGGCCGCCAGAAUAGUCAUGCUGCUGGGAUACACAUUGAGCAAAAGGAGCGUCCGACUCAUCGCACGAAGCCUAUCAUCGGCAAGAAGGUGGACACCAUUAAUUGGGCCCGUGGAGAGCUUAAACACCUGAUCCCAAAGGUCGCGCAAGAACAAGCCGUACAGCGUGGCGGCAAGGCCGAGAAAAUCAGCGCCGUAUUCAUCGAGUUCACCACUGUUCGUGCUGCUCAGUCCGCCUUCCAACAGAUUGCCCAUCAGACUCCUUACAGGCUCACGGCGAAAGAUGUCGGUAUGAAGCCAGACAUGGUACUAUGGAAGAACAUUGGCAAACCGUGGUGGCUCGUCAAACUCCUCGCCGGAGGUUUCUCUGCCGUCAUCGUCCUAGCAUGUCUGUUCUGGACGAUCCCCGUCGCCUUUAUUGGCGUCCUCACAAACGUCGACUACUUGACCAACAAGCUACCAUGGCUCAGCUUCAUCGACAGUAUUCCGCAGACGGUCCUAGGCCUCAUCACUGGACUCCUUCCGGUACUCCUUCUCGCCAUUCUGAUGAAGCUGGUACCAAUCUUCUGCCAACUUUUCGCGAAGCAAUUUGAGCCCACGCUUGGCGCCGUUCAGCUGCGCACUCAGAGCUGGUACUUUGGUUUUGAAGUGAUCCAGGUCUUUUUGAUUACUACCUUCUCCAGUGGUGCAGCAUCAGUGGCCACGCAGAUUGUGCAACAGCCAACACAAGCACCUUUGCUGCUUGCGAAGAAUCUCCCAAAGGCGAGCAACUUCUAUAUUUCUUACUUCAUCCUCUUUGGUCUGAUGACUGCCGCCAUGCAACUGCUCAAUAUCGUGCCGCUGCUCUUCGCUCUGGUCCUCGGUAAGAUCCUCGACAAGACGCCAAGGAAGAUGUACAACAGAUACGUCUCGCUAUCAGGCAUUGGAUGGGGUACCUUCUAUCCCAAGUACACCAAUCUUGGGGUUAUCGCUCUAUCGUACUCCUGCAUCGCGCCUCUAGUUCUUGGCUUCGCUACAGUAGGCUUCGGUAUCCUUUACCUCGCCUUCCGCUACAAUGUGCUCUUCACCCUUGGCACACAAGUGGACACCAAAGGUCGUGCUUAUGCGAAAGCACUGCAGCAGUUGACGGUUGGUAUCUACCUGUCCGAGGUCUGUAUGAUCGGACUCUUCGCGAUCGGUACGUCUGGUAACACCGCUGGAGUGGGUCCUUUGAUCCUCAUGAUCAUCUUCACAAUCGGUACUGUCAUUUGGCACUUCCAGCUCAGGUCAGCGAUGAGCAAGCAUACGAUUGCUCUGCCAAAUGACCUUCUGGCUGAGGAAUACGACUCACCAAGCCACCGUGAACCAGACCCGGCGAGGGGACUUUCAGAUCGAGAGUCAGACGGUGUCGCAAAGAAGGAACAAUCUAGCCCCUAUGACUCCCCUUACCAGACAGCGAGCUCCGAAGAGCCACCAGAGCCGCCAAAGGGGAUCGUGGGCAAGAUCAAGGCGUUCCUGUUCCCAUCAAAGUUCGCUUCUGCGGCCGUCAUCUCCAAACACAUUUUGUCGCCACACCUCUCGCAAACAGUCCGACCCUACUCUGAUCAGGAGCGCGACGAAGCAUAUAUGCAUCCUGCCGUCCUUGCCGAGACGCCUGCAAUCUGGCUUGCACGCGACAAAUUUGGUCUCUCGCAGCAAGAAGUCGCGGCUACUCGAGAAGCACUUGGCCGGGAUGUCAUUGUCACGGAUGAGGGCGUCUCUUUCGACGACAAGGGUAAAUUGCAUUGGGACGAACAGGACGUCCGAAAGGCGCCAUUGUGGGAUGGCAAGGUCGACUACUAG